AUGGGGACAGUCGCUUCAGAUUCAGUGCCGGAAAAUGUGGAAACGGCAACCCAAUCCCAAACGCAGGAUAAUCUGCGCAUAUUUUUAAAGCAUUUGUAUGCCGAGUGCGUGUACCGAUACCAGAAUGACACAUACGAUGCGGACGACCCAUCAGUUUCACUUGGGGCAGCAACAGACUAUGACUUGGACUUACCGGAGAGCUUCAGCCCGGUGCCGCGAUAUCUGGAGGACGCCGUGCUGAACGAGGGCGCCAUUGACAUGCGGAACGUGGACGAGGAGCUGGCGGAGAAGGAGGAGCUGAUGGCCACCGUGCUCAGUGCAACGAUGGCCACAAAUCAGCGGCCGCAGCAGCGGCUCUUCUGCCCUUUGAACUUCGACGGAUAUCUCUGCUGGCCCCGCACUCCCGCCGGCACCGUGCUGAGUCAAUAUUGUCCCGAAUUCGUCGAGGGAUUCAACAGCAAGUUUCUGGCCCACAAGACCUGCCUGGAGAACGGCUCCUGGUUCCGUCAUCCGGUGAGCAAUCAGACCUGGUCCAAUUACACCAACUGCGUGGACUACGAGGACCUGGAGUUUCGCCAGUUCAUCAACGAGCUGUACGUGAAGGGCUACGCCCUUUCCCUGCUGGCCCUGCUCAUAUCGAUUAUUAUCUUCUUGGGCUUCAAAUCCCUGCGCUGCACCCGCAUUCGGAUCCAUGUUCACCUGUUCGCCUCGCUGGCCUGCACCUGCGUGGCCUGGAUUCUGUGGUACCGCCUGGUGGUGGAGCGAAACGAAACCAUAGCCGAGAAUCCGCUCUGGUGCAGUGGCCUGCAUCUGGUGGUGCACUAUUUCAUGCUGGUCAACUACUUCUGGAUGUUCUGUGAGGGUCUGCAUCUGCACCUGGUGCUCGUUGUGGUCUUUGUCAAGGACACGAUUGUGAUGCGCUGGUUCAUCGUCAUCAGCUGGCUAUCGCCGAUUCCCAUUGCCGUCGUCUACGGAUUGGCCAGGCACUUCACCAGCCCGGAUAAUAAACACUGCUGGAUAAAUGACAGUCUCUACCUGUGGAUCUUCUCGGUGCCCAUAACCCUGUCGCUGCUGGCCAGCUUUAUUUUCCUGAUCAACGUGCUGCGGGUGAUCGUGCGGAAGCUGCACCCCCAGUCCGCCCAGCCCGCCCCGCUGGCGAUCCGGAAGGCGGUGCGGGCGACCAUUAUCCUGGUGCCGCUGUUCGGCCUGCAGCACUUCCUGCUCCCCUACCGCCCCGAUGCGGGCACCCGGCUGGACCGCUUCUACCAGCUGCUCUCCGUCGUCCUGGUCAGUCUGCAGGGACUGGUGGUCAGCUUCCUGUUCUGCUUCGCCAACCAUGACGUCACCUUCGCCAUCCGCACGCUGCUGAACAAGUGGCUGCCACGCCUGGUGACCGCACCCCCCGCGGGGAGUAAUACCGGGCAGAUGGCCACGACCACGCCCAGCCGCGAGCUGGGCGUUUAA